AUGUUGAGCGGUCACCCCAGAUACCUUGUUUCUUGAUAUUUUUAUUCGUUUCAUGGCUUUCAGAUGUUAAAAGUCGUUUUCUUUUUUCUUUUUCUUUGAUGGGUGAAAGUCUCUGGAAGAGAGAAAUAAGAAAGAAAGAAUUAAAUCAAGACAGAGAGAGAGAGAGAGAGAGAGGUAGGAGAAGACUCUUCAGUCUUCAGUUGACAAAUUAGCUGAUGGAGGUAGAUAAAGAAGACUCCAGAGAAGAAGAAGUUGAUAAGGUCUAAACAGGUCUAUGCCAUCCAUUUUCGGUUAGUAUUGCUAUAUGUGGAAGUUGGGAUUCGCUGUUGUUGACCAGAUCUGACUACCCAUUUCCCUUUCACCGCCUUUUUAGCUCAAACAUACAGUUGCAUCACCUGAAAUUUACUUCCUCUAUUGGUCUAACUUGAUUUUCUUAGGCAUGGGAAAUGGGCGGUUGAAACCCACCAUUCCAAUUCCAAGAUCAUUCUCGAUUAGAAAAGAAGGUGAUGGAUUAGUUGAAAAAUGACAGGCUGUUUGAUUUUAAAGGGGUGGGAGGGUAACUUUUUGUACUUCCUAGAUAGGGAUAUUGAUGGAGGAGAUGUCUCCGGCGGUCGCAGUGCCAUUUAGAGUAGGUAAUUCACUCUGUGAUAACCAAACUAUUGCUACCCACAUAGAUAUCACUACACUCAAGCUAAUGGCGGACAAGGGGGGAUUACUAUCUGAUUCUGUUACUAAGGCUUCCACUGAGAUGGUUGCUGCUGGUGAUGAGGAUUUGGCGAAUGAAGUUCAGAUUUUGGCGGCUGCGGUGCCGAAAGAGAACAAGGGAGGACGAGUUCCUAUGUUGGAUAUGGUAUCUCAAAAUGAAAGCAAUUGGGUUGCUGGGGAUGAUGUGAUAGUAGCCCCAGAAAGCGAGGAAGAUGAUUCCUUGUCAAUGGAGGGUGAUCAGAUUCUUGAUAGCUCUUGUUCUCUUUCAGUGGCGAGUGAGUGCAGUAGUUUGUGUGGAGAGGAAAUCUUGUUGUGUCUUGAGGCUUCUUCUGAUGUAGGAACACAGAGUUCCAUAGAAACUGGGAAGAGUUUAUGCGGUGUUAAUCUUGUUGCUAAGGCCAGCAAUCCAGAGGAGCCAAAUGAUGAGACAGAGAUCGUGAGUGAUCCUGUUGCUGUAGCUGUGGCUGUGAGUCUUGAGGAAGAGAUUGGCGAUGGCUCUGAUCCAAAGCCAUCUGCGGCUCUUCUUCAGUUGCCUCUGGAAAGAGCGAUGAGUGGAACAUCUGGCCGCAGCGUUUUUGAGGUGGAUUAUGUGCCUCUUUGGGGAUUUACAUCUAUGUGCGGAAGAAGACCGGAGAUGGAAGAUGCAGUUUCUGCGGUACCUCGUUUUCUGAGGAUUCCUGUUCAAAUGCUGAUCGGUGACCGGGUACUUGACGGCAUGACUAAUUUUUUACCUCACCAGACUCUUCAUUUCUUUGGAGUCUAUGAUGGCCAUGGAGGCUCUCAGGUUGCAAACUAUUGUCGUGAUCGUGUCCAUAUGGCUUUGGCUGAGGAGAUAGAAUUUUUUAAGGGAGGCCUAAGUGAUGGAAGUAUCAAGGGCAGUUGCGAAGAGCAGUGGAAAAAAGCUUUCACCAAUUGUUUUCAAAAGGUUGACGACGAAGUUGGAGGAAAAGCUAGUCUUGAGCCUGUGGCUCCAGAAACUGUUGGUUCUACUGCUGUGGUUGCCAUUAUUUGUUCAUCACAUAUCAUUGUAGCAAACUGUGGAGAUUCAAGAGCAGUUCUAUGUCGUGGGAAAGAACCUAUGGCAUUGUCAGUUGAUCAUAAACCAAAUCGAGAAGAUGAAUAUGCAAGAAUUGAGGCAGCAGGAGGCAAGGUCAUUCAGUGGAAUGGGCAUCGUGUUUUUGGAGUUCUUGCAAUGUCAAGGUCCAUUGGUGAUAGAUAUUUGAAACCAUGGAUAAUUCCGGAACCAGAGGUGAGGUUUCUUCCACGGGCAAAAGAUGAUGAAUGCCUUAUUUUAGCCAGUGAUGGGUUAUGGGAUGUCAUGACAAAUGAAGAGGUGUGUGACCUGGCUCGGAAAAGAAUACUCCUCUGGCAUAAAAAGAAUGGUGUUACACUUCCCACUAUCAGGGGUGAGGGAAUUGAUCCUGCGGCUCAAGCUGCAGCGGAAUUCCUCUUGAAUCGUGCUAUGCAAAAAGGAAGCAAGGACAACAUCACUGUGAUUGUGGUGGAUUUGAAAGCUCAAAGGAAAUUCAAAAGCAAAACAUGAUGGUUCCUUCAUCCUCCUAUUGGCUAUUCACUCCAUGAUUGUACGGUGUAAAAUAUGAUCCCAUAUAGCUUUGCCCACUUAAGUUUUUCACCUGGGCGAAUGGCAGUCUAUUUACUAUAGAACAUCCACCAUUCUGGAACUCUUGGCUGUUUCAAGUCUUGUUGUACACCAUGCUGAGUUCUGGCUAUGUAAAUCUUUAGCAGCUUUGUUGUAGGACAGUAGAUGGUGACAGUUCCACGUGUUUUAGCAUUGUGGCUAAAUUGUAUUCAUUAAUACCUCCGAGUUAAAAGGCUCUGUGAGGUAUUUACUUCUUGUUUCAA